AUGCGGCAUUCCCUUCAAGUCAUUCUUUUGGCGUUCGUCGCCUUGCUCACACAUCACGCUGCAGCGGAUUGUAAUCCCCUCAAGAACACCACAUGUUCGCCUGACCCGGCCCUCAGUACCGAACACACGUGGUGGUUUAACCAGUCCCUCAACGAAAAUUUGUGGGACAUGCAGACCGGCACUUACAAUUAUACGGAUGAUGGAGCUAUAUUUGCGAUUAGAGCUGAGAAUGCGUCCACUCUUUUGGUAUCCAAUUUCUAUAUCUUCUUCGGGGUGAUGGAAGCACACGUCAAAAUGGCCAAAGGCGCUGGAAUCAUCAGCAGUGUGAUCCUUCAGUCCGACGAUGAGGACGAAAUCGACUGGGAAUGGGUUGGGUACAAUACGAACAGCGUGCAAUCCGACUUUUUCGGCAAAGGAAAUACUACAACCAGUGAUCGUGGAGGCAAUCAUACCGUCAUGAACGCCGAUACCGAGUUUCACAACUAUACAACCCAUUGGACGAAGGAAAAGCUGGAAUGGUGGAUCGAUGGUGAACUUCGGCGGACAGUGAACUACUCCGAAUCCCUGACUCUAUACGGCAAAAACUAUCCCCAGACGCCUUGCCAGGUUAAGGUCAGCAACUGGCCUGUUGGUAUCAAAGGACAAUCUGUAGGAAAUCUUGAAUGGGGUGGCGGCUAUGUCAAUUGGGAUGAUCUACCCUUUAUCAUGACUGUUCAAAGAAUCCGUGUUCAGGACUACCAUACGGGUAAAGAGUACGAGUACACCGAUCAGACCGGCUCUUAUGAGUCCAUUAAAGUCAUCAGUGGAAAUUCAACAGCCGAGAAAGAGAUUAAUAAGAAAGCAGCCGAGACUUUAGCCGAAAAAUGGGACGACCUUGGAGAGGGUGCUCACAUAGGUAUCUAUGUGGCGGCCGGUGUUGUCGGUGCCGCAGCGAUUGGUGCGUUCGCCUGGUGGUGUAUCCGGCAGCGCAAGUCCGGUCGUCUACAGCGUGCUCUGAAUGAUGCGCAGAAUGGCGAAGAGUUAAAGCGGAUGCAGGACUAUAAUGCCAACUGGAGGCACAGCCAGUGGGGCGGACAAAGCUACCAAAAAGUCCCUUGA